CACCCCCUCACAAAAUCUCUAUAUAUACUCGCACCUCUUCAAUAUAUGCCCUCUCUUCUUUUUUCUCUUCAUUUUGCUCAAAAGAGUGACAACAAGAACAUCAUUACGUAUGCAUCAUUUCUCUCUCGAUCGUAUCGAAAACCUUAGCUUAAAAUCAUCAAAUUAGGGUUCCAAAUCGGUGUAAAUGUGAUUCAUUUGCUGAAUGAUUACGUUGAAUCGGUGUAAAAUUUGAGUGAUUUGAAUUGUGUUUUUGUAACAAUGGCGGAGCGAAUGAGGAGAUUUGGAGUAGGUUAUGCUUUGGCAGCGAAGAAAGAAGCGAGCUUCAUACAGGUAUCGCUUGUUAACUUAGCGAAGGAACGAGGAAUCGAUCUGGUUAAGAUCGAUAUGGAUAAGCCUUUGAUUGAGCAAGGACCGUUCGAUUGUGUUCUUCACAAGCUGUAUGGUGAGGAUUGGAAGCGGCAAUUGGAGGAGUAUGCUGUGAAAUAUCCUCAUGUGUUGAUUAUUGAUUCCCCUGAGGCGAUUGAGCGGUUACAUAAUCGAAUUUCGAUGCUUGAGGUGGCGACUGAGCUGGAAAUCAAGUGCGAAACGACGUCGUUUGGAAUUCCUAAACAGACUGUUGUGUAUGAUGCGAAAAUAGUGUCGGCGAGUUAUUUGGAGAGUGAGGGAUUGAAGUUUCCUGUGAUUGCGAAACCGUUGGUGGCUGAUGGAAGUGCUAAAUCGCAUAAGAUGUUGUUGGUGUUUAAUAAGGAUGGGUUGAGUAAACUGAAACCGCCUAUAGUUUUGCAGGAGUUUGUGAAUCAUGGGGGGGUGAUUUUCAAAGUUUAUGUGGUUGGUGAUUAUGUGAAGUGUGUGAAGAGGAAGUCGUUGCCUGAUGUGAUGGAGGAGAAUUUAGGGAAAUUAGAGAGUUGUUUAUCGUUUUCGCAAGUUUCAAAUUUGAACACUUUAGAAAAAAAUGAUGAUAAAUACUAUAAGCUGAUGAAUUUGGAUGAUGGUGAAUUGCCCCCAUUGAGUUUUCUGAGGGAGAUAGCAAGAGGGCUUAGAGGAGCUACGAAACUGUAUCUGUUUAACUUUGAUUUGAUUAGGGAUAAUAGGGUUGGAAAUAGAUACCUUGUUAUUGACAUUAAUUAUUUCCCUGGGUACGCAAAGAUGCCUAAUUAUGAGAGUGUGAUGACAGAGUUUUUCUGGGAUGUGCUGAAUAAGGGUUUUGAGAAGGGUAGUUGUGAAAAGGAGGUAAGGAUGUUAGUUGGGAAUGAACCAGCAGUUUCACCUCUUAAGAGGGGAGAAAAGGAGAAUACCAUUCAGGUCUAACUAAGUCAUUUCUUCUAGGUAGGGAGUUAGUAUAGAAGUGAAUAAGUAGCUAGGAUGGCCUUGUGAAGUUGUUUUUCUUUGUUGAAACAUCAUGUACAUAUACUAAGUCUUUUAAAAGGCUAUUGGUAACCUUUGAUGAAUGAAAUCAUGUGAUGUAUUCUCAAUGAUUGGUUUC